AUGGGUGUCCCCGCGCUAUUCCGAUGGCUCUCCAACAAGUAUCCGAAGAUCGUUUCCCCGGUGAUUGAAGAGCAGCCUCAGCAAGUCGAUGGAGAAGAAAUCCCAAUUGAUAUCACCCGUCCGAACCCCAAUGGCGAAGAGCAAGAUAACCUCUAUCUGGAUAUGAAUGGUAUUGUCCAUCCGUGUACUCAUCCAGAGGGGAAGCCUCCACCAGCGGACGAGCAGGAAAUGAUGUUGGAGAUCUACAAGUACACUGAUCGCGUGGUCAACAUGGUGCGCCCUAGAAAGCUUCUCAUGAUCGCUAUUGAUGGUGUUGCACCAAGAGCGAAAAUGAACCAGCAGCGUGCACGUCGAUUCCGCUCAGCGCAGGAGGCUAAGGAGAAUGAUCAAAAGAAGGAGGAACUUCAGAAGAUGCUUGCUUCACAGCAUGCCAAGAAGACCGGCGAGCAAUUGCUUCGAGAAGAAGUUGUUCAGAAGACAUGGGACAGCAAUGUGAUCACACCAGGAACGCCUUUCAUGGAUAUCCUCGCUGCCUCUCUGCGGUACUGGAUUGCCUAUAAGCUCAACACUGACCCGGGCUGGGAGAACCUGAAAAUCAUCAUUUCGGAUGCUACGGUUCCAGGAGAAGGAGAGCACAAGAUCAUGAACUUUGUGCGAUCGCAGCGGGCCUCGCCUGAUCAUGAUCCCAACACUCGCCAUGUUAUUUAUGGUCUUGACGCCGAUCUGAUUAUGCUGGGUCUUGGUACUCAUGAGCCUUAUUUCCGAGUACUGCGUGAAGAUGUGUUUGCCCAGGACUCAAGGCCUCGGGGUUGCAGACUCUGUGGACAGACUGGACACAAGGCUGAGGAAUGUCUAGGCCGCCCAAAGGAGAAAAGCGGCGAAUUUGAUGAGAAGCAACAUGCUGCCCCUCUGAAGCCAUUUAUCUGGCUCCACGUCGCAGUCCUGAGAGAAUAUCUUGCCGUAGAGCUCCGUGUUCCUAACCAACCGUUCCCAUUCGACCUAGAACGUGCGCUGGAUGAUUGGGUUUUCAUGUGUUUCUUCGUUGGAAACGAUUUCCUUCCUCACUUGCCCUCUUUGGAUAUUCGUGAAAACGGAAUUGAUACACUCAUCGCAAUCUGGCGUGACAAUCUUCCCGCAAUGGGAAGUUACCUCACUAAAGAUGGAAGUGUUGAGUUGAAGAACGCCCAAAUCAUUUUGCAAGGACUGGCCAAACAAGAGGAUGCCAUCUUCGCACGUCGUAGGCAGGCGGACGAGAGAAAGCAGGCAAACGAGAAGAGGCGCAAGGAGCAAGAAGCAGCUCGCAAUGAAGAGCGUUCUCAAAAGCGCAGGCGAAGCUCGCCUCAGUAUGACUCUGGAGCUCAAAAUCGCUCGCGCGGCGGAGACGGCGAGCCUGCACCUACUAUGGAACUGAUCACUCCUGGCCGGGGCCACUUGGCCAAGGAGACACGGGAGUUGACACACAGCAUGGUCAUCAACCGUGGAGCUGUGUACCGCGCCAACAUGGAGAACAAGAGCGCCGCCGCUGUGCUGAAGAGUAAACUCAUGAAGCGCAAUCAGGCGCCUGAAGCCGAUGAAUCCCCAGCCACACAGGGCGAGGAAGCAUCAAAUGAAGCAUCAGAGCCGACCUCUCCCGGAGUUCUCGGAAAACGAAAGGCCGAUGCAGCUGAACAGGAGGUCGAAGAGGCUGGAACACCAGGUAGAGAUUCUCCCCCACCUCCUCCUGUGGUUCCUGCGAAAGCCAAACAAGACGAGCCCCAAGAAGAUACCGUCAAGCUUUGGGAACCAGGAUACGCCGAUCGCUACUAUGAGCAAAAGUUCGGUGUGGAUCCCAAAGACUUGGAGUUCCGCCACCAGGUCGCUCGUGAGUAUGCGAUGGGUCUCUGUUGGGUUUUGCGAUACUAUUUCCAGGGCUGUCCAUCUUGGACUUGGUAUUACCCAAGGCACUAUGCCCCAUUCGCUGCCGACUUUGUUGACAUCGCCGACAUGGAUGUCAAGUUCGAAAAGGGCACCAUAUUCAAACCCUUUGAACAGCUAAUGGGAGUCUUGCCUGCAUCGUCUAACCACGCGCUGCCCAAAGUUUUCCAUCCACUCAUGGAAAAUCCCGAUAGUGAGAUCAUCGAUUUCUACCCAGAGGACUUCCCUCUGGAUUUGAACGGGAAGAAAUUCGCCUGGCAAGGCGUGAUUCUUCUCCCUUUCAUCGAUGAAACCCGCCUUCUAAACGCCAUGGCAAAGGUAUACCCCCUUCUUACUGAAGAUGAGAAGAGUCGCAACUCUCACGGUCAGGAAGUGCUUCUACUAUCUGACCGACACCCAUUAUAUCAAGAUCUUGUCGCGAACUUCUACUCGAAGAAGCCCGGUCCAGCAAAAUACACUCUCAAACAAGAUAUCAGUGGCGGUCUUGCUGGCAUCGUUGAGCGUAGCGACACUUAUAUACCCCACAGUUCGUUAGUCUCACCAUUGGAGGCACAUGGCAUGCCGGGAGUUGAUGAUGAUCGUUCUCUCACGGUUCUGUAUUCGAUUCCGGAGUCUUCUCAUGUCCACAAGUCCAUGCUUCUUCGCGGUGUCAAGCUUCCAACUCCUAUGCUGGAUGCAAAUGAUAUCAGAGCCACCCAAGGCCGAGCUCAGAACUCGGGUCGGUCUUUCGGCGGAGCACCUUUCCAGGGCAGAGGACGUGGUGGUCGGAUGAACUACUCCAGUGAUCGUCCGAAUCCAUUCGCCGCGCAUCUUGAUCCAAAGUUCAAUGCUGGUCCACAAGGUGCUCCUGGUGGUGCCCCCAUGGUACCUCCUGGGUGGGUACCUCCUGGUCAAGGAUAUGGAGGCUACUCCAGAGGACCUCCUCCCCCUCCGCGUGGUGGAAUGUCCCACCAGUACCCACCGCAGCACGGCUACCAACAGUCUGGGGAAUACUAUGGCCAGCAAAACCAUCAGUACAACCAGGGUAGUCAAUACAACCAAGGUGGCCAAUACAACAACGGGCAUCAGCAAGGCUAUGGCUCCCAGGACUAUCGCGGCGGCCGGGGAGGUAACCGUGGCGGUAGAGGCCGCGGUGGCGGCGGUCAGAACCGAGACCAGUACUCCUACAAUCAAGGUGGGGGUUAUAAUCGAUACUAG